CUGAACAAAAUGUUUAGGGUUAUUUAAAUUUUUCUGCUAUUACUACGUAGGGGACUCUUAUUUUGAAGAUUUCUGAAAUUCCGUGACCCGGAAGUUGCCGACGAGAUUUUGAUCAAUAUACCCAACAGUUUUAUUAAGUAGAUAUUGUUAGCCAUGUCUCAAGACGGAUUUCAACCUACACUUAUAAGGACCACGCACACUAACAACACGAGCUCGAGUAUUCAACAACCACAUGCACCUGGUAAAACACCCAUACAAGUUCUACAUGAAUAUGGAACAAAAAUGGGUAAUCUUCCCGUGUACGUGAUGGAAAAGGCCGAAGGGGAGGCGCACCAACCCAGCUUCAUCUUCAACGUUACAAUAGGAGAUAUGUCCUGCACAGGUCAAGGAGCCAGUAAAAAAGCUGCCAAACACAAAGCCGCUGAGUCUGCCCUGAACCUUCUGGAAAUAGACCCCGGAACACCCCUUCAUAUAAAGAAGGAGAGUAACGGAAACCCAGCGAAGCCUAACGACCAACCCAACUCAGUGGGGAAACUACAGGAGCUGGCGCUGCAGCAGGGAUGGCGCCUCCCUGAAUACACUGUUUUCACAGAGGCAGGCCCACCUCACAAGAGAGAGUUCACUGUUACCUGCAGAAUGGAGUCGCUCACAGAGACCGCGACGGGAAAUUCCAAGAAGGUGGCUAAAAAGGCAGGUGCUGAGAAGAUGUUAGCAAAACUUCUAAAUGUGUCUGGUUGUCCUGAAAUCACAUGGAUCCCAAAGCCCGGUGUCCGAUUGGAGAACUUGCGUAACUCCUCGGCAGAGAAGAUGUCUCUCCUAAGAAGGAACCCACUCAGUAUUCCCAACACAGACUACAUCCAGAUGAUGCUGGAGCUGUCCCAAGAGCAGGGCUUUGAAGUCACAUACUUUGACAUUGAUGAGCUGACAGUGAACGGGCAGUACCAGUGCUUGGCAGAGCUGUCCACCUCACCCGUCGCCGUAUGCCACGGUACAGGCAUCUCCUGCGGCAACGCACAUAACGACGCCGCACACAACGCUCUCCAGUACAUCAAGAUCAUGGCUUCCAUCAAAUGAGCGACCGUAGUAAACGGCACAGAUGGGUUUUUUAAAGGAAAAACAUAUUUAAUCUCAACUGAAAGGUGUUGCUAUCCUCCAUCUACCACUGUUUUCACUCCUUACCCCAGUGUUCACUUGGUGUGGAAUUGGUGAAUAUUGAUGGCAAUAUCAAUAGAAAUCAUGCCAUUCAGACAAAUCUACCUAGUUUGUGUUUUUUUACAGUGACAGGAAACAGUUCAUCACCUGUGGUGUCUGUCAGCCAUCUUUCAAUUAUGUUAAGAAAAAGAUCAGCGGUACACAGUGAAAGCUAAUCCUGUGGAGUUGAUGUACUGUGGAAGGACAAGGGAAUAGAAUGGACACAAGUCUUGAAAGGCCUUGCUUCCAUAAUGUAGAGAACAGUCGCCACCCUAUCCCAUUGUUGACAUGGUGACAAGUCGCCACCCUAUCCCAUUGUUGACAACAGUCGCCACCCUAUCCCAUUGUUGACAACAGUCGCCACCCUAUCCCAUUGUUGACAACAGUCGCCACCCUAUCCCAUUGUUGACAACAGUCGCCACCCUAUCCCAUUGUUGACAACAGUCGCCACCCUAUCCCAUUGUUGACAACAGUCGCCACCCUAUCCCAUUGUUGACAACAGUCUCCACCCUAUCCCAUUGUUGACAACAGUCGCCACCCUAUCCCAUUGUUGACAACAGUCUCCACCCUAUCCCAUUGUUGACAACAGUCUCCACCCUAUCCCAUUGUUGACAACAGUCGCCACCCUAUCCCAUUGUUGACAACAGUCGCCACCCUAUCCCAUUGUUGACAACAGUCGCCACCCUAUCCCAUUGUUGACAACAGUCGCCACCCUAUCCCAUUGUUGACAACAGUCUCCACCCUAUCCCAUUGUUGACAUGGUGACAACAGUCUCCACCCUAUCCCAUUGUUGACAUGGUGACAACAGUCUCCACCCUAUCCCAUUGUUGACAUGGUGACAACAGUCUCCACCCUAUCCCAUUGUUGACAUGGUGACAACAGUCUCCACCCUAUCCCAUUGUUGACAUGGUGACAACAGUCUCCACCCUAUCCCAUUGUUGACAUGUUGAGAACAGUCUCCACCCUAUCCCAUUGUUGACAUGUUGAGAACAGUCUCCACCCUAUCCCAUUGUUGACAUGUUGAGAACAGUCUCCACCCUAUCCCAUUGUUGACAUGUUGAGAACAGUCUCCACCCUAUCCCAUUGUUGACAUGUUGAGAACAGUCUCCACCCUAUCCCAUUGUUGACAUGUUGAGAACAGUCUCCACCCUAUCCCAUUGUUGACAUGUUGAGAACAGUCUCCAUCCACCCUAUCCCAUUGUUGACAUGUUGAGAACAGUCUCCACCCUAUCCCAUUGUUGACAUGUUGAGAACAGUCUCCACCCUAUCCCAUUGUUGACAUGUUGAGAACAGUCUCCACCCUAUCCCAUUGUUGACAUGUUGAGAACAGUCUCCACCCUAUCCCAUUGUUGACAUGUUGAGAACAGUCUCCACCCUAUCCCAUUGUUGACAUGUUGAGAACAGUCUCCACCCUAUCCCAUUGUUGACAUGUUGAGAACAGUCUCCAUCCACCCUAUCCCAUUGUUGACAUGUUGAGAACAGUCUCCAUCCACCCUAUCCCAUUGUUGAGAACAGUCUCCAUCCACCCUAUCCCAUUGUUGAGAACAGUCUCCAUCCACCCUAUCCCAUUGUUGAGAACAGUCUCCAUCCACCCUAUCCCAUUGUUGACAUGUUGAGAACAGUCUCCAUCCACCCUAUCCCAUUGUUGAGAACAGUCUCCACCCUAUCCCAUUGUUGACAUGUUGAGAAGUCUCCACCCUAUCCCAUUGUUGUUUUUCUAAACGCGCAAUGGUGUAUUUAAUGGUAAAUGUAAAACUAUUUGCACUGAACAAAAUUAAUGAGAGAACUCGUUUUGCCUCGUUUACUCAUAAGCCUAUGAUAAAAAAUGAAUUUCUCAAUGAAUUUGAUGAAACACUAACGUAAGUCUGACCCUCGUUUUUCACAUAGGGAUAUUUUCUAAACGAAGCAGAAAUUAAGUAGGAACAAACUAAAUAUUCAUUACACAUUGGUAUUUUGUUUGAUUUAAUUUGUUAUUAUUCAUCUUUGCCAAGUCAAUAUUCAAUUACAUUACUGUGAAACACUUUUCCAUAGUGUAUAUUAAUGCCAUAGUCUAUCAUAACUUUUAGUUUGAUUUUAAAGUUUGAGCUUUGGUUAACACCAUUAUAUUAGUUUAUUUUUCAUUGUAUUUGAUUCCGUCAAACAGGACUCUUGUUUUGCGUAACUACCACAUGUCUUAAUAGAGAACAAGACCAACAGCAGGUUUUAGUUUAGUGUCAAAACAAAAACAACUGCUCAAUUGGGCUCCGGAGUGGCGCAGCGGUCGAAGGCGGGGCGUCACUACAGACCCUGGUUCGAUUCCAGGCUGUAUCACAACCGGCCAUGAUUGGGAGUCCCAUAGAGCGGCGCGAUAUUGGCGCAGCGUCGCCCGGGUUAGAGUUUGGCCGAGGUAGGCCAUCAUUGUAAAUAAGAAUGUGUUCUUAACUGACUUGCCUAGUUAAAUAAAAAAUACAAAUUAAUUAGAAAAUGUAACAUUUGGCUUGUUUAGAUUGAAUUGUGCUUACAUCAUAUGAGAUGAUAUAAAUCUACAUGUCUAGACAAUGAAAAUAUGUAUUUCUUUUUGUAAAAUGUAUAUUUAAUUUAAUGGUAGCAAGAUUACAUACUCGGAAACAUCGGGACAACUCCUGUCUUAGACUUCAAGGCCGCCAUUUUGUUGUCUUCGCUCUACAAAGAGACAAUAAUUGGAAUCUUUGUAGCUUUGAUGUUGAUGUCUAAGAUUGUUGUGAUUGGUGAUGUCAUCUUUCUCAGUCUACCUGUAAUGUAGCCUAGUUAUGUCAGGUGUGUAUGAAGUCAUUUUGCUGUGUGUGUGUGUGUGUGUGUGUGUGUGUUUUUGAAGGCUUUGUGAUUGUGCUGGUUGAAAUGCUAUGCUAAUGACGGGAUGAUAUUUACUACCGGAUUCCACCUUGUCCUGAGUUUGUCACAAAGCCUUGAUUGGGUGGUUUAAUCCCAUUUUGGUUUCCUUUAACAAGGUGUGUAUUGUAUGUAAUGUUUUUUGGUAGACUCAUCCCAAACGUGUGCUGUGUACCUGACCACAUUAAUACACAACUAUUACAUGUGAAGUGGGACAGACAUGUUAAAUAAAUCUAUUUGACAUCGA